ACGUUACAGGUGGAGCGCUCGCGCAGCGCGUCGAGCCUGAUCCGGGACGAGAACAACCUGCAGCCAGUCUCAACCGUCUCCGGUGUGGACCCUUCACCGGCCGCUUCACGAAAUGGCCGCCAUGAAGACGAUCUCCUCCAGCCUCCCUCGCCAGUAGCCGGGCAGCAUGGCUCCGCCUCCUCCUCCCUCCAGAGAGGACAGCAGCAGCUCCUCAGCACCGCGCUGGACAUCUGGACCGAGACCGUAGAGACCAUGUCCCGCCUCUGAUUGGGCGCUUUGGGGCGGCGGAGCCGGACCCGAGCAGCUCCUCCACACACUCGGCCACACCCCGGACUCUGAGCCAUGUCUCUUCUCUCGGUCCUGAGCAUCGUCUGUGGCUUGAUGCUCCAUGUUUCACACGGUGCACCCAACACCCACUACUGUGUCCCCCGGAGGACCGUCCCCUACCACAGCGAGCUGAAGUUGUUCAGAGAAGAAGGGAUCUUCAACUACUCCACCAUGCUGAUGAGAGAGGACCUCGGCGUGCUGCUGCUGGGCGCCCGGGAGGCCGUGUACGCUCUGGACGUCGACGACGUCUCCGUCAGGAAGUCUGCGGUGUAUUGGCGAGUGACCGAGGAGAAGCAGAGGGAGUGCACGUACAAAGGAAAAAACGCAGAGGUGGAAUGCCGUAACUACAUUCGAACCCUGCACAGAGUGAACGACACCACGAUGUACGUAUGCGGCACGAACGCUUUCAGCCCCAUCUGUGAUUAUAUGACGUUCGUGACCGGGCAGCUGAGGCUGGAGGGAAGGCCGGAGGAGGGAAAGGGGAAGUGCCCCUUUGAUCCCUUCCAGAGAUACUCCUCCCUCAUGGUCGGAAACGACCUGUACUCGGCCACAUCCAUCAACUUCUUGGGCUCCGAGCCGGUGGUUCUGCGCAGCUCGGACUUGGCUCUGCGCACCGAGUUUAAGAGCUCCUGGCUCAGCGAGCCAAACUUCAUCUACAUGGACUUUGUGGGUGAGAGCUUCGACAGUCCCGAUGGGGAUGACGAUAAGGUCUACAUGUUCUUCAGUGAGAACGCCAUGGAGUACGACUUCUACAGCAAAGUCGCCGUGUCGCGAGUGGCCCGCGUCUGCAAGGGGGAUAUGGGCGGCCAGCGGACGCUGCAGAGGAAGUGGACGACGUUCCUGAAAGCUCGUCUGGAUUGUUCCCUCCCUGAACCCAGCCUGCCGCCCAUUGUCCAGGACGUCUUCCUGCUGAAGGACGAGCAGGACUGGAGGAAGAGCGUCUUCUACGCCGUCUUCACUCCGCAGUCGAGCUUGUCCCAGGUUUCCGCGGUCUGCGCCUACCACGUGUCCGACAUUCGGAACAUUUUCAACGAGGGCAAGUUCAAGACGCCCGUUGCCGUGGAGACGUCUCACGUCAAGUGGGUGAUGUACACCGGAGAGGUGCCGGUCCCGAGACCUGGAGCGUGCAUCAACACCGUGGCACGUAACUUGGGGAUGAAUCGCUCUCUGGACCUUCCGGACAAAACCCUCCAGUUCAUCCGGGACCGCCCCCUCAUGGAGGAGGCCGUCCGCCCGCUGACCGGCGGCCCCCUGCUGGUCAAGAGGGGAGCGUUGCUCACUCGCAUCGUGGUGGACAGCGUGAUGGCGCUGGACGGACGGAGACACACGGUCAUGUUCAUCGGCACAGAAAACGGUUACGUCCAGAAGGCCGUCAACUACGCGGGAGAGAUGUUCAUCAUCGAGGAAAUCCAGCUGUACGAAAACCCCGUGCCCAUCAGCGCGCUGCGCCUCUCGGCCCGCAAGGGUCAACUGUAUGCGGGGUCAGAGUUCGGCGUCACCCAGAUGCCGCUCAGCAACUGCAGCCGCUAUGACUCCUGCGUGGACUGCAUCCUGGCCCGGGAUCCUUACUGCUCCUGGGUCUUCGCCACCCAAGGGUGCUCCUCAGUCCACGGCUCGCCGCCGCCCCCCCCCGGCGCCGCCAUACAGAGCCUGGAGGAGGGGGACGUCACGCAAUGUCCCCGGAUAGACCCGGCAGCAGCUGUGGACUUCACCCUCGUGCCGGGGAACAACAUCCAGCUGCCCUGCCAGCUCCACUCCAACUUGGCGCGGGUCCUGUGGCGAUUCGCCGACCGGACGCUGCGCUCCGGCAAAAAAUACUACAUCUACGGCGGCGGGCUGCUCAUCCUGGGCGCCACGGAAACGGACGUCGGGCGUUACUCGUGCGACUCGGUGGAGCUGAUCAACGGGAGGGCGUACAACCGGACCGUGGCGGUUUAUCGAUUGCGGCUGGACCCCGGAGCGGCGGCGGGCGCGGGGGGCAUGACCCCCUCGAACUCCACCGCCGGGCCGAGCGCGGCCUCCCCCCCGGGGCCGGCGCCGAACUCGGAGGACCCGCCGCCGCCCCCCGAGAACCAGAGCGACACGGGGAAGAUGACCCGCUUGGAGGUGGCCGUGGCUCUGCUGGCGCUGCUCUGCCUCGGCCUGAUGGGUGUCAUAUUCUGGACCUGGACUCACGGGCGUACGAUGGGGUGCUUCAAGAUGGAGAAGGGCGCCGGCGAAGGCGACGGGAAGAGGCAGCCGGCCGAAUACGUGCACAUCCGGAACAGGACUUCGGAGAUUAAGUUCCUGGGACCGCAGCCCAAUAAUAAUCACUCGGCUGUGGAUUUCAAAGGGAACGGGGAGCACCGCUUCACGCCGAUGGCCAACAUUUCAAGUCUUGACGGUCUGGGAUAUAUAAACGAUGAGUCAGAGAUUUGACUCCGAGCUAUAGAACCACGCGAGGCCGACGACUUAUAUCUCCAUCUAUAGAUGUGCCGCUGUAGAGGAAUUAUACAUUCUUUUGAUGGUCGUCCUGUUCGUCCGGGCCAAUUCCCACCACCGUCUUAUCAUUUCCGUACGCUGACGGCUCAUGUUCACUGUAGAGACUUCUUCUUCUCCGGUGGAAUUCCAGAAAACGGUUGAAAAGUUGUUGUUUUUUACGGAUAUUUGGUUUUUUUUUACAAUGUGUGAUAUAUUGUGUACAGUUUUUUUAUUUUUUAAGUUCAACUAUUAUUUAUUCGUCGCAAUGACGUUUUUUUCCCUUCUUUCCGCCAUCACAAUACGUACGAUCUAGGUUUCUAGAGUCGGCAACAAUGAACAAGUAGCAGAACACGUUGACCUCCUUGUUUCCGGGCAGAUUUCAUUUCAUGGACUGUUUAUUCAAGACAACAUUCAUCAGUUCAGAGAGCGUACGGUCCAGUCUGUGGUUGUGUUAAUGAUUGAUCAAUAGCCUGCACUUCUUAUUUCAGGGUAGCUGUAAAACAGAAAAGAUAACAGUGGACUACAAACGUACUCCUGUAUUUAAAGGCACAGUGUGUAGGAUCUCGAAAAUGCCUUAAACCUUCAUUCUCUCUACUGGCCAGCAGGGGCCGACUCCUCCGGUUGCAAAGAGAAGUCUGGUUGCAUAGAAGUCUAUGACUUCUCAUUUAAUUUUAUUACCUCAGUAAACAUUGGUGUCAAUCGCUAAUCUUCUUCAAAAUACUACGAUGUCCAUAAAGCAGUAUUAAGGCGGGGCUAGCGUGUGAUUGACAGAUGCUCUACGUCACAACUUCGCAGUCGAAAUAUGAACGUAGGGUGCACAACUCCGCUGCUCACGUUACCGCACUUUUAGCGUGAUAAAACUACGGUGGCCUUCAAGUAACGUAAAAAGGCAAAACACCCUCUUCAGAGUCAGCGUUUUUCUAAAAUGUGUCCGUUUUAGGACACUGUAGAAACACGGCAGUGCAAGAAGACGCACUAUGUAGACUCAGGGUAAUUGAAAAAAAAAUCAUUAAUAUUAUAUUCCAUUUCUGCUAAUAUUGCCCACUAAAUCCAACACACUGUGCCUUUUAAAAAUAAUUUUAAAUGGGUGAUUUAGAGUUCAUAUCUCUGUCUUCCAUCGGAUAGUUUCACACGAUGUUGCGUCAUCAUUAAGUCAGUGGGGAGCAGACGCGUGGGCGUCGGUGAAGCCGAGCAUCAGAGACAAACAAAGCACAUAGAAGUCUCUUCUUUUUUUGGUGUAAAAGUUUUGGUAAAAUGCAGCACAUGUUGAUGAUGACAAUAAACUUUUUGGGGAAGUG